AUGGUCAAUCCAGACGGCGUAGACCUAGACUCUCUGAUAGAGAAAUUACUUGAGGGCGGCUACCCACCCGAAGCCAACUACCUCUUCCAGGGCGACUACGUCGACCGCGACAAGCAGUCGAUCGAAUGCAUCUGCCUGCUCCUCGCGUACAAGAUCAAAUGCUCGGAGAACUUCUUUAUCCUGCGCGGAAACCACGAGUGCGCAUCCAUCAACCGCAUCUACGGCUUCUACGACGAUUUGCAAGCGCUGGUACAGCAUCAAGAUAAAGGCAUCACGGAUUGGAGUGAGAUAGAUCGUGGUGUCCCGUUUACGUUCGGGCCCGAUGUCUUCAGCCGGCUUACUCAGAAGCACGACAUCGAUAUGGUCUGCCGCACGCAUCAGUGUGUGGAAGAUGGGUAUGAGUUCUUCGCCAAGCGGCAGUUGGUGACGCUGGUCGGUGCGCCCAAUUAUCGCGGGGAGUUUGAUAAUUCGGGCGCCAUGAUGAAUGUUGAUGAGAGCUUGCUUAGUUCGUUCCACAUCAUGAAGCCGGCUGAGAAACGAAAGCCGGUCUUCAGGAAGCGGUCGGCUAGUCAUUUCAAGCAAUAUGCUAGUAGGUGA